GGAAACAGACAACCUCACGGAGGUUAGCUGAAUUUUCGUAAAGUGAAUUUCGCUUGAAUAUUGAAUAUUAUUUUCCUUGCCUUAGAUUUCGGUGAUGAGAGAUUCCUGUUAUAGUUAAUACGCGCAUUUUAAAGUGGAUCGGUUCGCAGUACAUUGUUUGGUGAUAAUUGCUAUUCUUUAGAAAAAUAUACAGCGCUUCACAAAAAUAAGAUAUCAUGGCGGUACCCACUACCGGUGUAGUUGUGCCUCGAAACUUUCGUUUACUAGAGGAAUUAGAACAAGGUCAGAAAGGUGUAGGUGAUGGUACAAUCAGUUGGGGCUUGGAAAAUGACGAUGACAUGACUCUUUCGCAUUGGACUGGAAUGAUAAUUGGACCACCUAGAACACCGUACGAAAAUAGGAUGUAUAGUUUGAAAAUUGAUUGUGGUCAAAGAUAUCCAGAUGAUGCUCCUAAUGUAAGAUUUUUAAGCAAGAUUAAUAUGAAUUGUAUCAACAGUAGUACUGGUGCAGUUGAUAAUCGCAGUGUGCCGAUACUUGCAAAGUGGCAACGAGAAUACACAAUUAAGACAGUUCUUCAAGAGCUCCGCCGUUUGAUGACGCUGAAGGAAAAUAUGAAACUGCUUCAGCCUCCAGAAGGUAGCACUUUUUAGCCUAACCACAUGUAAACUCAACACCUCUUCCUUUCUGUGGUAGCAAAGGGCGAGAUUUCGAUGAAGGUACCAAAUACUAUUAAAUGGGUGCCCAAUAAAGAUGUGCGCUAAGAAGUAACACCUGUGUAAAAAAAAAGAAGGUGAUGAUGACUAUAAAAGUUGAAUCGGUGUUUUCAAUUUACAGAAAUAUUUACUUACAAAAUUCAGGAAAUUUACAUUUUUACUUAUUAUUUCCUAAUUUUAAAGCACAUUUCAUGUAUAUGUGAAACUAUUAUUAUAAUUUCAAUAUUUUAUUGUAUAAAUAUGCACUCGCAUUUAAUUUAUGAAAAUGCUGUUUCAACUUUUUAGGUUAUAAAUACAAUCUAAAACAAGAGUCAUAUUUUGAACCUUAAAAACUGGAAACACAGACUGUGUAAUAAAAGUAAUAAUCAGUAAGAACAACUUAUGCCUUCAAAGUUUUUUAAAACGAUGCCUGAAUAUGGAUUAGUAUACAUUUCAGUUUGUGCAUAAGUGCCAUUUCAUAAUCUGUGGAGGUGUCUCAGUAAUUACUAUUAUAGACCAUUCUAAAUUUUAAUAAUUUAUAUUUCUGUGUGCUCAUUUUUACCAAGCUUUACUUUUCUUUUCCUCUGUUAGUUGUUAUUACAAGUUUAGCUAACAACAGGUUGUUGAGAUCAAUAUUUUGACACAAUAAUGUGCCUUUUUAUGCAAGCAGCAUAAAAAUGAGCAUGUAUAGAGCGUGUUUGGUUGAGACAUCAUCCAAGAACGGCCUCUUAUUCUAUAUGAAAAACAAAUUAUGUUACGAUUGAUGCAUACCAAGUAGUAAUUUGAUUUUUAGUAGCAUAUGUGGUAAAUGGUAUAGUGUUGGAUCAGUGAGUACAUCAAUAUAUGAAGCAGUAUAUUAAAAAUCUUCAGUUUUCCAUUCCACUAUUUAUAUAUUAGAAAUAUAUUUUAGGUUUAUUUGGACAUUAUGAUACAGAUGAAAUACACGCGUAUUACUCACUUUUUGAUCCGAGCUUCAUAAUUGAUGUAUUAGUAAAAUCAUACUUAAUUCUUAAUAACCAUCCAAAGUAUCAUAAAUAGCUUUCCAAUUAUUAGGAAAUCAGGUCUGUAACGCUAGCGCAAUUCUGCUAUGAAUUGCUAAAAUUAUACCGUUCCCAUAAAGUUACGUUGAGAACGGAAAAGUUUUCCAUAAUUAUGUUACAUUUA